AUGGAGAAGGUAUGUUUUGUUGAUAUUUUAUUUUAGUAGUCAAUAAUCUUAUUUUCAGUUUAUUCUCGUUCGGGCAAACGAUCGAGUCGUUAAAGUGACCGCAAAAAACGAGGGAACAAUUAACAAGAUGACAUUGCGCAGUGCUUUCCAACUUGAAGAUGACGUCCCAAUCGGAUUAUUCAAAAACGAUUUAGCUUUAUCGUAAGUUUUUAAAGGUUUUAUUAAGACAUUUCGAUUUUCGUUAGCCAUUUUGAAUAAAAUUCUGAACAAAUUUUUAAUUAAGAUUUUUAGAUGCAGAGUGGACGAUAUUUUCGAAUUACAAGAGGGAUGGAUAGAAGCCGAGUUUGAAUUGCGCUGGGAAGAAUUGCGGCGCUCCCGGCCAAUUACAUCAAUUGAGCAAGGUAUUUUCUAAAUAUUUUAACGCCCCCCAUUUAAUUUGUAUGUUUUUACACAACAAUUGGGAUUUUUUUACUUAAAAAUAUUUAUUUUAGCACAAUUCAGAAUUCCUUCUCGUCCAGGAACACCGAUGAGCCCGUAUCAUCCUGAGUGUAAGAUUCUACUCGAAUUCAUAUUGAAAACUUAUGAUCUCUUUUUAGUGCCACAUGAUCCAGCGCCAUCAGCAAAAUGUUUCAUCAAAUGGAUGUUUUUCUUGAAUGAGAAAACAAAGUCAACAACAAUUUGUGUUCAUCCACGAUUUUUUGUGACAUUCAGACACGGGUCACAUCGUCGCUUCGACAUUGGCGAUAAUUUGAAAUUAUAUCAGUAAGUUCUUAACAUAUUUCUUAAUUUUUUUGUUGUUAAUUUAUAGUGCUCAAAAAGAAGUCGACGAACAAACCGGCAUUGAAGUGCGUGUAGCCAAAAUUUUUGAAGCCUACGAUUUCAUCCUGCUCAAAAGUAAAUCCGAUGUCGUAGAUGUGAGUUCUUAAAACAUUUUUUAUAUUUUGUUGUUAAUUUGCACAUUUUAGCACAAGCCCACAAUCGCACCUGUGGAAGAGUCGGAGCCAUUCACAUUGGCCGGUUUUGGGAACGAUACGGGAUGUCUUUCAUAUUUGCCAGGGUCAAUUCAUUCAGUUCGCCGUCAUUACUUCUCCGGAUUGGGUCCAUUUAUAUUGGGAACAAGUCAAAGUUCGUGUGGCGAUUCAAGUAAACAUUUUCUUUUUUGGUCAAUUAAAUUCAAAUUAAAGCUUUUAGGCGGCGGAGUUUGGGGUUCAAGAGGUCUAAUCGGAAUGAAUUACGGAUGCACCAUGAUGCCAUGGAAAAAUCACCAGGAAGCAAUAUCCGAAGCUGCAAUUUUCAACCCGAAAAACAUCAUUUCUCCGGCGGUUGAAUUUGAGAAGGCGUAUAUGGUAUGUCAAUUUACUACUGCUAAUACAAAUUUAUCUAAUAACAUUUCGUUUAGGAGGAACUCGAAAAGGAGCGAAAAGAAGCAAAAUCGCCUCCAAAUAAGAAAUCAUGUCUUGUGACCGUCAUCGAUGGAUGCACACUAUAUGGAGCUUUUGUUUAG